AGAACUAUUUUGGGAAAGAGGAGUCUCGUAUGGCCCAGUCACCAAUCGGUAACGGAGAAGUUAGUGGCGGUACAAUAAGUGGAGUAUGAAAUUGGAAGGUUUUUACUGAACAAUCCACAGGCUGCACAUCUCCGAGACAGACCACAGGAGAACAGUGCGCACGCGCGGUGAUUGUCCGUGCACUGAAGGAGCUCCGGAAGGGAAGCUGGCUUUUCCUCGGAUGAACAAACGUGUCAUAGGUUAUUACAAGGGGAGGAGUUGCAGUUCCAGUGAACCAAUCAUCACAUCAGGAUCCAACAAUCGCUCAAUUUUUCACAAUUUGAUAUUAUUGCGUUUUGAAUAUGGAAGGAAAGAAGAUUAUGUACAGUGAGGAGAAACUGUACAUUGCUUCAGCUAACCUGUCAAUAUCCAGUCACACUGGGGAGAACCCAUGGAAACGUGGGGACUGUGGGGAGGAAUUCAGACAUUCAUCUGAGUUACAAUCUCAUUGGCACAGUCAUCUUAGGGAGAAGCUAUUUACCUGCUCCAAGUGUGGCAACGGAUUCAUUCAGUCAUCCAGUCUGCUGGAUCACCAGGGAGUUCACAGUGAUGUGAGAUCUUUUAAAUGUUCACACUGUGGGAGCUUAUAUAAAAGUUUCAAAGAACCGAUACAGCAUGAACAUGUUCACACUGACAUCCGACCAUUCAGGUGCUCUCACUGUGGGACUGGAUUCAGGCGAUCAUCUCAUCUCACUGUACACCAGCGAAUUCACACCGGGGAGAGACCAUUCAGCUGCUCAGAAUGUGGGAAGGGAUUCAUUCAGUCAUCUGACCUACUAAUACACCAACGAACUCACAGUGGGGAGAGACCAUUCACCUGUUCAGAUUGUGGGAAGGGAUUUACUCAUUCAUCGACCCUUCUGACACACCAGCGAGUUCAUACUGGGGAGAAACCGUUCACCUGCUCCAAGUGCAGGAAAGGAUUCACUCGGUCAUCCUAUCUGCUGACACACCAGCGGGUUCACACUGGAGAGAGACCAUUCACAUGCUCCACGUGUGGAAAAGGAUUCACUCAGUCAUCCAACCUGCUGAAACACCAGCGUGUUCAUACUGGGGAAAGGCCAUUCACUUGCCCUGAGUGUGGGAAGGGAUUCACUGAUUCAUCCAAUUUGCUGAGUCACCAACGAGUUCACACAGACGAGAGACCUUUUAAAUGCACAAAGUGUGAGAAGUGCUUUCAACGUUCCAGGGACUUAAUGCGGCAUCAUCGUGUUCACACUGACGAGAGAUCAUUCAGGUGCUCUCAGUGUGGCACUGAGUUCAGGCGAUCAUCUCAGCUGAUUGCACAUCAGCGAGUGCACGCUGGCGAGAGGCCAUUCACUUGCUCCCAGUGUGGGAAGGCAUUCACUCGUUCAGCUGCCUUGCUGAGACACCAACGAGUUCACGAAUUCCUGUAAUUAAUCGAAUUUUGCUGUUCAUCACAUCCACGACUGACCAAUGUUUAUUGGGGCGUGUAUCUGUUAUGGCUGAAUAACUGCAUCCUAGUUAAAAGAUUAAAACUCUGGACAAAAAUCAAAUAUAUCUGCUUUUGGACAGAGUUUUGAAUCUUUUUGUACCUCUAUGAUACAUUUCUCUCUCUCUCUCCCCUGCCUGCUCCAUCUUCACCUGCAAGAAUAAGUGUGAGGAGUUCAUGAACUCUUUAUCAUUAAGAUUGAGGCAAUUUCAUCAGCUGCCUGUACCAUUCCCCCUCAUUCAUUUAGCCACUGAGCCAAAACUGCCUCUAAACUUACAUCUUUCUUCAUCCAGCCUACAUACACAACAACCUGAAGGGAAAGGGUUUAAUUGACUGUGACAAUAGGGACUUUAAAAAAUUAUAAUCACUGAUGGUGCACUAGUGCACUCACUUUGGAUGCACUCCAUUCAUUUGUUCUCACUGGGGAAUGAGGUUCAGGCAAUUGUCCAUUCUGCUGCAACACUAGUGAGUUCACACCAGAGAGAGAUUAUUCUGUCCUCCAUAAAUGUGAAUACACCCAAUCUUUUGUUAUGGUAGUGAUUCAGACUGAUGGAAGACCUUUUAAAAUAGUUGGAUUGUGGAAUGUGUUAUAAAAAUUCUGUAAAGUUGAUUUGCUAUCAACAUAUAAUAUACUGACAAUAGACUGUUCAGCUGCUCUCACUGAGUACUAGGUUCAGUGGAUCAUGUGAACUUUGUAUCUACUAGCACACAGAAGGGCCAAUCAUGUGUAAUAUGUGUUUGAACCUCCAUUAAACUUGCUCACACUGAUAAGAAAA